AACACUCAGCACGUCUGCCCGCUCUCGCAGUGCAGUACUCUGUUAAAGGGAGGCGAGCCUUGCUCCGCGAUCCAUCUUGCUCUGAGCAUCACCUAACAAGCAAAGUGUACCGGCGGCGGCGGCGGCAGCAGCAGCUGCUGCUGCUCGGUGCCUGGAUAAGCGGAUGCAAUCCGUACUGGCUUGUCUGCGUUGAUUAAGGGUCACACUGGUCAGUGGUCAUUUCAAGUCAUGGGAUGGUAAUUCAGACUGACGGAUCCGGACGAACUGCUAACGGGAAAAGAAAGAGUUUUGGGCAACGGGAUCACAUGCGGCCGGGAGGGAGGUCGAGAGGCAGUAAAAGGCAGCAGCUGUAUAAAAAGCCUGGGAACUUAAAGAUUGCACAAGUCGGCUGGAGCUCCGAGUUGGAGAGAUCUCGUCUGCUUCGGCUCUUUCGCAGCGAGACACAGACCGAGGUAUUAUGAGCCAGAGAGCAAGCGAGAAAACACUGGAUUCGCACUAGGGUUUUUUUUAAUUGCACUGCCUACAACAUAACUAGAGUGGACAAAAUAAUACCGAGUGGCUGAAUGGAGCCUGUCACCGUGUGGAAUAGGAUGGGCAGGAGAUCCUCCUGUUCGUGUCAGGAAAAAAAAACAACCCAAGGCACUUGGUUCAAAGCUGCAAAAUCAAAAAUGAUGUAAAAACUUUGGCGAUUAGGAAGACAUCGUCAGCUUAAAGGAGAAUCAGGAAAGCCCGGCGAGCGACUGGAGGUACAAUCCUUGCUCAUGGAUUUCCUUCUUGUGGGUCUCAGUCUGCACUGGCUCCUGAAAAAGCCUUCAGCGUCGGUUGUGUGUGUCCUCGGCGCGUUGUUGGAAAUGUUGCCCGCCGCUGACAGCCUGUGCGCUCAGCAGUGCCGCUGCGACGGGAAGCUGGUGUAUUGCGAGUCGCAGAGCCUGAGCGAAAUGCCGCGCAACCUGUCGGGGGUGCAGGGUCUGUCGCUCCGCUACAACAGCCUGUCCGAGCUGCACGACGACCAGUUCGCCGGCUUGCUGCAGCUUACCUGGCUCUACCUCGACCACAAUCACAUCUACUCGGUGGAAGCGAAUGCCUUCCGGGGGCUGCGCCGGCUCAAGGAGUUGGUGCUCAGCUCCAACAAGAUCACCCAGCUGCCCAACGCCACUUUCAGGCCCAUGCCAAACCUUCGGCACGUGCAGCUGUCCUACAACAAUCUGCAGGCUCUGGAGCCCGACCUCUUCCAUGGGCUGCGCAAGCUGCAGACGCUGCACCUAAGGUCGAAUGCACUGAAGUUCAUACCGGUCCGGAUCUUCCAGGACUGUCGCAGCCUGGAGUUUCUGGACGUCGGAUAUAAUCAGCUGCAAAGCCUAGCGCGGAACGCGUUCGCGGGCUUGUUGAAACUAACUGAACUCCACUUGGAGCACAAUGAUUUGGUAAAAGUAAACUUUGCUCACUUCCCACGGCUGCUCUCUCUGAGAACCCUCUACAUGCAGUGGAACAAAGUCAGCUUUGUGGUGAAUUCUUUAGACUGGACUUGGAACCAUCUAGAAAAACUAGACCUCUCUGGGAAUGAGAUUGCAUUUAUUGAGUCUUAUGCCUUUGAAGUUGUGCCUAACCUCAAAAUACUUCAGUUGGAUUCAAACCGUCUCACAACCAUUGAGCAGCCAAUUCUGGACUCUUGGAAAUCUCUAACUAGCAUCAGCCUUUCUGGGAACAGCUGGGAAUGCAAUCGGAAUAUAUGUGCUUUGGCCACCUGGCUAAGCAAUUUUAAGGGACACCACGAAGGGAGUCUAUUGUGUGCCAGCCCUGUCCACACCCAGGGCGAAGAGGUACUAGACGCCGUGCAUGGUUUUCACAUAUGUGACGACCCGGUGACAAGCACGGCGACAGUAUCAGGCAGCACCAGCGUGGCGGAGACAGACCAAGAUAUGACAGCAAUCAGAGAUGCCUCCAGCAUGUAUGUCACGCAGGAUACAACGGGAGUAAGAACGACUGAAUUAAUCAGUGUCACCGGUGUGCUUUCUCACGAUCAACAGGAAAACACUAUUCAUGUUCACAAAGUAAUCACGGGCACUAUGGCGCUGCUCUUCUCCUUUCUGAUAGUGGUGCUGGUGCUCUACGUGUCGUGGAAGUGCUUUCCUGCUGGCCUGAGGCAUUUGAGGCAGUGCUUCGUGACACAGCGCCGCAAGCAGAAACAGCAACAAACUAUGCAUCAGAUGGCUGCCAUGUCCACACAGGAAUACUACGUGGACUACAAACCCAAUCACAUUGAGGGGGCUCUGGUGAUCAUCAAUGAUUACGGAUCGUGUUCUUGUCACCAACAGCCAGCCAGGGAAUGUGAAGUGUGAUUUUGUUCUCCCAUCCCCCAACUGGAGGUACAACACACUGCUUGAGGACAUACUGCAGCCGGUGACUGCACGUAUUACAAUACUGAGUCUGAAUGAAUUACACUGUACUGAUUCCACGAAACACUGCACCGGUCUCUUUCAGAAUUCCAAACAAUAUUUAAGCUUCAACGCGUCUUUAAAAUCUUUCAAACAUCCUCUGUUCAACUGUCAUUUCAAAUUUGUAAAGGAUAAAAAAAAAUGUAUAUGUAACUUCCCACCAGUCUCUUAUGAUAUUAAGUCCACCUGUAAGGUCUGGGAAUAAGAGGGAGUACUCGGCUCGUCAAUGAUGUAAGUUAAUCAAUUUUGUAAACUAUCCUGAUUUAAAUAAAUAUUUUAAAAAAUGUUUUUGCAGCAUCGGAGUCGAGAUUAAUA